UUUCCUGUAAGAUUUGUAUUCGUCUCUCUCUACUUUCCAUCUCUCACCCACCCGCUCUCUUCGGAAAACCCUCGACGCAAAGAUCAAUCCUUCUUCUUGCCUCUAAUUCCUUCCUUCCUGCAAUCAAUCUAUCAACAAGCUUAUGAUCUCGAAUCUUUAAAGAGAGUGGGGAUGGCUUGUAAAGAGGAUACUAAUGCAUCUGCACAAGAGUCUUUAACCUGGGAAGACUCUGAGAUAUGUAAGAGUGAAUUGGAAUCUCGUCAAGUUCAGGUAGAUAGUUUAGAAGCUGAGCUUUUGGAUGUCAAGGCUUACCUUGAGUUCGGUUCCGAGGAAGAUGCCAGGAAGGAGUUAGGUGUUCUUUCUGGUAGGGUGAGAACGACUGCAAUAAUGUUGCGGUACUUGAGAUCAAAAGCUACAGUCUUGGCCAUUCCUGACAUAGCUCAUCUCACGUGCAGUGUGGAACAAAUGGGACUGGAAAGAUUAGACUUUCUUGACAAAGAAGGUGGUUCAUCUUCGUGUGGUGGUUCCUUGGGUAUAGAGGAUGGAGUUUACACUAGUGAGAUGCUCCAGUGCAUAGAAAUGGUUACUAAUGUGCUUGAGUCUCUUGUUAAGAGAGUUACAGCAGCAGAAUCUGAGACGGCUGUUCAAAAGGAGAUGGUACUUUUGGGAGAGGAAGAACUUAAUAGGAAGACAGUCCAAAUCGAGAAUCUGGCUGUAAAGUUACAAGAGAUGGAGAGAUUUGCUCACGGGACUAAUAGUGUUCUGAGCGAAAUGCGGGAACGGAUUGAGGAACUAGUUGAAGAGACGAUGAGACAGAGGGAGAAAGCUGUGGAGAAUGAAGAGGAGCUGUGUCGUGUGAAGAGAGAGUUCGAGUCGCUUAAAAGCUAUGUCAGCACUUUUACCAAUGUCAGAGAAACACUUGUUUCUUCCGAGAGACAAUUCAAAACCAUCCAAGAGCUAUUUGAACGGUUGGUGAGUAAGACGACACAGCUAGAGGGAGAGAAGGCGCAGAAGGAGGUUGAAGUUCAGAAACUGAUGGAAGAGAAUGUGAAGUUGACGGUACUACUUGACAAGAAAGAAGCUCAGCUUCUAGCUUUGAAUGAACAAUGCAAAGUUAUGGCUUUAAGUGCAUCAAACAUCUGAGCAUUUGCUUUUAGCCUCGCCUCGCCUCAUUCAUUUAUUGUUGUCAUAUUCUCGAGACAAUUCUUUCGCAGAAGAUAAAAUCUUCCCAGAUUUUUGCAAAGCUUCUUACUCUCUGUUGUUCUUUUGUUCAGAUAAAAGGAAAAAGAAAAACAUUCUUGUAACUUUUUUCAUGGCUUAUAGAGCCUUACUAGUUCGUCUCGUCUUCUAUGUUUUUUUUACAGAAAACGGUGGGUAGUUCUUACUUACGACUGG